GUGAAAUUUCAAUCUAGAGAAAAUUGAGCCAAUUUUGAUUCGCUCGAAAACUUUUUUAGAGAAUACCAUAUUAUUUUCAGAGCAAACUUAUAACUAAGACAAGUUACAGGUUGAUUGUUAUAAGAUUCAUUAUAUUCGCUCGGACUGACACCACCCUUCAUUAGAGUACUUUUUAUUUGAAUUUUUGCAAGUGAUCCGAGCAACCCUUCGAGGGUGCCAAUGUCGAAAUUCGUCGAGACGAAUGAGAACGUUUGAGAUAUCAUCGAGGUGAUCGGUUGCGUGUAUUGCGUAAGAAUGUGACUGCGGGGCAUACGCAUACGCAUACGCGUACGGCAGAAAGAUCAGAUGAGGGUGUAGGAAGAGAGAAAAACGCAAGAGAUGAGAUCAUCUCUCCUCUCUGGCCGCGCGUUCCGCUCGGCACGGCGCGGCACCGCCGCAAUGUGCCUCGCGAACGCAGUCUGUACCGGUCCAGCGACCGAUUUGGAGGGCUGUUCUUUUCUCAAUCUUUCUUGCUGAAGAAGAGAACGACAGAAGCGAUUUGCGAAGAAAGCCAACGCGAGAGAUCGCAAUGUCGACGAAGCUACAGCUGCUGCUGAUCGCGUUGCUGGUGACGGUUCUAAUAGUGGACGUGUCAUCUGCUCAGCGCAGACGAAAAUAUCGGCGUCGCACGACCACGACAGAGGCACCCGUGCAAGAUGAGAUCAUGAACAUGCUGGAAGCUGACGAAAUAGCCGAGGAGGCGGCGACGGCGGAGGAGGCUGAGGUCAUUCUUGAAAAUGGCAGAAACGAGGUUGGAUCGAAGCAGCAGCGUUUGCUUCAGGACCCGUGCAUGGACAAGCAUUGCGGCGCUGGACGUGUUUGCAAGAAUACGGAGGAGGGCACGGCUGAGUGCGUUUGCGUGGAGCUCUGCAACCAGGAGGUCGAUCCGCGUCGCAAGGUCUGCACCAACUACAAUGAGACCUUGGGCAGUGACUGUGAGGUCUACCAGGCGCGUUGCUUCUGCGACACCGAUGACGCCAGGUGCAGAGGUCCCGAUUAUCAACAUGUCCACAUCGUAUACUAUGGCGAGUGUCGACAGAUGCCUAUGUGCAAGGAAGAGGACAUGGCCGACUUUCCCAGGCGAAUGCGCGACUGGCUAUUCAACAUCAUGCGCGAUUUGGCAGACCGUCAAGAGCUGUCAUCGCAUUAUCUGAAGAUGCAGCGAGAAGCUGAGACCAAUCACACUUUACGCUGGUCGAAUGCAGCUAUUUGGAAGUGGUGCGACCUGGACGGCCACCCACAUGACCGAACGGUAUCUAGGCACGAGCUCUUCCCGAUUAAGGCGCCCUUGAUGGCUCUCGAACACUGCAUCGCGCCCUUCCUCGAUUCCUGUGACAUCAAUAACGAUCACAAAAUCACGCUGGUUGAAUGGGGCAAAUGCCUGCAACUCGACGAGGACGACAUAGAAGAAAAAUGCGAUGAGCUAGCGGAGGCAAACCAGGAGCAAUACUAGAGAAUUCGAGCCGGAGUUUGAAGCUGACUUCGUCGCACCGUUGUGGCAGCAAAAUUAUUAUUUAAACUAUUAUUGUCAAAAAAAAAUUUUUUGUGAGAGAUAUACUUUCAAUUAAUUCUUGAAAAUUUGAAUCAUAUGACAUCUUGCUGCCGCAACGUACUGCGUUUAAAAAAGUCCAGAAAAGUCAGCAUAAGAAGGACAACAGCGCGAGCGAUACAGGACAGGACGCAAGGCAAGGCGAGUCAAGGCGAGGCGAGGCGAGGCGAGGCGAGGCGAGGCGAGGCGAGGCGA